AAACCAGCUGAGCUUCUCUUGUGCAAACACUCCCACAUACAAACACGCACACACACAUACACUCACCAAACAGGAAGACCAUACCUGUUGGGUGUGAGUCGGCUAAGAACUAUCAGUGUUGUCGGUGAUGAAGUGUAGAUGAAGCCAGUAUAAAGACCACUUGAGCUGAAGAGCAAGUUUGUUAAGACAUACUUUGGAUUGUACAAUUGGAAAGUAAACCAAUCAAACGCCUCCAGACCAACGAAGAAAGAAAAAAGUCAUGGCUGCCCACCUUCCUCCUGUGUGAGUUUGGAUUACAAUAACGACAAUAAGGACUAGACAUGAAGCUUUCAACCUGAAACAGCCAGCAACUGUCAACAAUGUUCACCCCCAGGAAAAGCAGUCUUCCAUCCCCCAGCCUGGAGGACUCCUUCUUCCCUCUGUCCUCAUCCUCCUCGGUGUCUCUCUCCUUUGCUCUCCCCUCAUCCACAUCCUCUCCUGGCUGCGGUGACAGCGGAGGGGGGAUAGAGACUGAUUUGAUACUCGCUGCAGAGCUGGGACAGGCUUUGCUGGAAAAGAAUGAGGAGUUGGCAGCCUCUUUGGAGCAGAGCGAGAGGGAGUUGGAGGCUUUACAGCAGGAGAAGCAUGUUCUUCAGAGGAAGCUGGAAAUGAACCAACUGGAGUCUGGGCAGAGGGAGGCAGAGCUGACAGCAGAUUUGGGUGCUUUGAGGGAAGAGCUAGCGCGACAUCACAGUCAUGGGCGUGACCGGCGGAGGGAUGAGAGUGAUCAGAUGACUCAGUUAGCCAAUCACAACCAGCGCCUGGUGGAACAGCUCUCUGAGGCGGUGACACUGGAACACACCUUGAGGACUGAGCUCCGUUCCCUCAGAGAAGAUAUGGACGAAUCAUCUUUUAGCAGAACUAUUAACACAACUCAACUAGACAACGUAAAGGGAGAGAACAGAGUUUUGCUGGAGCGGCUGUCUCACAUGGAGGCACUACUUAGAGCUUCGCAGGAGGACAGCAAUCGAUAUCGUUCGGAGAGAGAGACACUGCGAGAGAGACUGUCAGACCUACAGACCAAGCUGAGAGAGAAAGAAGCAGAGAUAGAGCAGGAGCAGGGGGUGGUGUUUGAGUUACGAACCUUGAAUCGCUCUCUACAGCAGAAAGAUCUGAACAUGGGAGAAGAGAGCAUUCUGGACAGUACGCACACACAGCCCUUGUCUCUGCUUAGUGAAAUUCAGCAAACACAGGCUAGAGAGGCUCUUCUAGCUCACUCAGAUGUCCUUCAAGCAAGAGAGGAAGAGAUACAAGCACUCAAAGAGGAGGCGCAGUCUCACCGAGAAGAGCUGGAGUCUUUAAGGGAAGAAAUCAAGCCAUUUAGAAGCAGUCCUGAGAAGCCAAGUUACAGUUCUUUGGAGAGUGAAGUGGUCACCAUGCGCCAAGAAAAGGAAACACUAACACAGCAACUUCUCAAUACCAUCAAACACAAGGUGGCGCUGUCUCAAGAACUGGAAUCAUGGCAGGAGGACAUGCGGCUGGUGAUCAAUCAACAGGUGCAGCAUCAGGAGGAGGAGAGACAGAGGGAAACAAGGCGAGAGAAAGAAAACACUGGAGGACUCCAAAGAAGCAAAUCUUUAAGAGUGAGGGGAGAGGGAGGGAAAGGAUUCUUCUCUUCCCUGUUCAGAGACAAAUGACAAACAGAAGUGGCAGCAGCUUAGACAGAUGGUUACAUCCUUUAUCUUUGCCACUAUUGGAGCACAUGCUGCCACGUACGUACACCGUACACAUGAUUUCACCAGCAACACAUACAAUGUUCACAGACCUCAGAUUUGAAUAUAUAUUUGUAAAUAUUUAUGAAAUGUAUAAGAGCAAGAUCGGUUAGUUUUUAGGUCUUUAUAUUAAAAAGUUAAAGCCAA